AUGUCCGCCGCAGGAAGCACACGGCGAGUCCAGAAGGUGCUGCAGAUGACGAUUGAAACACAGCUGACAAGUCAGGAACUCAAGGAACUCACCGACCAGCCGCUCGAGGGUGUCGAUGUCCAGGUCGACGGCGACAACCUCCUCCACUGGAAGGUCAAACUCGACGGACCCGAGGGAUCCCCCUACGUCGGCGGCAAGUUCACCGUUGACGUUGUCUUCGGCACCGACUUCCCCUUCAAGGCGCCUACGCUGACAGGCAGUAUCUGCAUGGGCGUCAUCAAGGCGGACGGCUGGAAGCCGUCGACCAAGAUGGCCAACGGUGAGCUACUUCGCCCCCGUAGAAGAGCUAACGCCAGUUCUCCUCUCGGUCCGCGACCUCCUCCAGAACCCGAACCCGGACGACCCGCUCGUUACGUCUAUCUACCGGACCGACCGCCCCGCGUUCGACAAGAAGGCGCAGGAUACGCCAAGUAG